AAUUUAAAUUAAACAGGACUGAACUUUCAUUUAUUUACGCUGUAAUUACACAUUAGGAUCAGGACUUAGGCAAUACGAUAGAAAAUCUGUGCUUAUUAUGUUAACCGACAAGAAUCAAGAGCUAGAGUCUGAGGCUGUUCUUACUGAGGAGUGUAGACGCCACAGCAGCGCCUCAAUUGAAGAUCCCACUAAAGAGGUUGAAUUUCGCUACAUCGUAGAAGAACGAGAUGACUUGGCUCGCAAGUAUACAUACGAAAAGUCCAAGGGAGGAAAGUGGGUAUUGUUUUUCAAAACUGAAGAUCUCUUUUCUAUGUGGAAGAAAGCCUGUCUUCUCUACAGAUCAGGGACACUUCAAGGAGUCACUUCAGUGGUAUCAUCGACAGCAAAAGCCAACCCUAGCAGAACCUCGCGCCAUGAACUCAAGGUGAUAAGUUUCCAGUGUGGGCCUUACGACGACCGGGAUUUGAUGUUACGUUACGGCAUGAACAUUGUCGAGCUCUUAAGGUACACUAAUAUUACAGGACAUAUAUGA